AUGGCGGCCUCACCUCUUGUUGCUGCAGCAGACGGCCAACGCAUCUCGAAAAAGCCUCACAUCACAGAGACGCCCAUAGCGUGGGCAAACUGGUACCGACAUGUCAACUGGCUGAACGUCUUCUUUAUCAUCGUCGUCCCGCUGAUGGGCUUCGCCGCCGCCUAUUCUUAUCCACUUCAGCGCGCCACAGCCGUCUUUGCUGUUAUCUACUACUUUAAUACCGGAUUGGGCAUUACAGCGGGCUACCAUCGUCUCUGGGCGCAUUCCUCAUACCGAGCGUCAACCCCUCUCAAGAUAUACCUGGCGGCUGUUGGUGUCGGCGCUGUCCAGGGCUCUAUUCGGUGGUGGUCAAGGGGCCACCGCGCUCAUCACCGGUAUACGGACACAGAAAGGGACCCCUAUUCUGUGCGCAAAGGCUUCUGGUAUUCCCAUCUAGGCUGGAUGGUGAUGAAGCAAAACCCCAAGAACCUCGGCCGGGCUGACAUCACUGACCUUAACGAGGACCCAGUCGUGAUAUGGCAGCAUCGGCACUAUAUCAAGGCUGUUCUCCUUAUGGGCCUCAUCUUCCCUACGCUGGUCUGCGGCAUUGGCUGGGGUGAUUGGUUGGGCGGCUUCAUCUACGCUGGGAUUCUGCGGGCAACAUUUGUGCAACAGGCCACGUUUUGCGUCAAUUCUUUGGCCCACUGUUCCCGGUCCGACUACCGUAACGCGAUCGAGUGGUGGCAGUAUGACCCGACAAAGUGGGCGAUCUGGACAUGGAAGCAGCUCGGCCUGGCAUACAACCUCAAGGAGUUUAAGCAGAAUGAAAUCCAAAAGGGCAGACUCCAGCAGCAGCAGAAGAAGCUAGACAUUAGGCGGUCUAGGCUGGACUGGGGCACCCCGAUUUCCCAGUUGCCCGUCAUGACCUGGGGGGAUUUUAAAGCUGAGGCGGCAAAGGGCGACGGGAGGGCCCUAGUGGCUAUUACCGGUGUCGUUCAUGAUGUGGCCCGGUUUAUCAAAGACCACCCUGGCGGCAAGGCGUUCAUUUCCUCAGCCAUUGGUAAGGAUGCGACAGCCACUUUCAACGGCGGUGUCUACCAACAUUCCAACGCUGCGCAUAAUCUGCUCUCUACAAUGCGUGUCGGCGUCAUCUAUGGAGGUGGCGAGGUGGAGAUCUGGAAGCGUGCCCACUCUGAGAAACCGAACGGUUCUAUCAUGCAGGAUAAUAUGGGACAUCAUACUGUACGGGCUGGCGAGCAGGUCACAAAGGUCGCUCCGCAGAACGGCACUACCACGAUAUAG